AUGAAAUUCUUUACCUUUUUUCUUGCUCUCGCGAUCGUAGCUUUCAGUACAUUCGUUGCUGCUACGCCAGCUAAUCAGGAAAGAGGCGGUGAUAUUAGUAGAAUCCCGUCGGCCAACGAUAAUCAGAAAAGAGAUGAUGUAUCGACUUCUGAUUGGAAAAGAGGCGACGACAUUAGUAGAGUGGGAGCAACUAAAGAUAAUAAGAAUAAAAGAUCUUUGGUGGGAAGACAGUCUAAGUGCCCAUACGGAUACCAUUGGUGUAAUGAUAUAUACGGCGGGUGUUGCCCGAAUAAUACAAUUUGCACAUCUAAUAAUAAAUGCGCUUCAAGUUGUUAA